AUGGAUCCAAACAUGAACAACCUCCUCAAAUGGGGAAUUCAAAACUCAGCAGCAGGCCAGCAGUCGUCCGAUAGCAAUGCCACCCAGCCCCCCCGCAACAACAUCACGCCGGAGAUGCUCAGCGCGCUUUUUGGCGGCCCCUCCGACGCCGAUCUGAUGAAAGCCGCCAUGGAAGCUUUGCGCUCGGACGAGGUUGAUCUCGAAAACAAGCUGAUCGCUUUUGACAAUUUCGAACAGCUCAUCGAAGGUAUAGAUAACGCGAAUAACUUGGAGCCACUGGGUCUGUGGACUCCCCUCGUUGAGCUGCUGAAGCACGAGGAGGCAGAUAUGAGACGCAUGGCGGCGUGGUGUAUUGGGACGGCUCUUAUUGUCAUGAACGCCAUCCCGACCCUAGUUUCCAUGUCUACGGAAGACCCCAACCCUGCAGCCCGUAAGAAGGCUGUUUACGCUCUUUCCUCCGCCGUCCGCAACUACCAACCGGGCACAAAUGAGUUGGUCAAGCACCUUCCGGAGGAAUAUUCCAGUGAAAAGGUGGACGCCGGAGACAUGGAGGCCAUUGAUGCGAUUAUGGAUAAACUGAGAGCGCAUCCCGCUCCGUCAUCCUAG